AUGGACGUCCUAUCUUCUGCGGGUGUGCUUGCAUCCACCGCCUCUACCUCUACAACCACACCGUCACCCUCAACCUCGUCGGGGCACGAUCACGAUGCGUUUCCGUCCGACGCAUACCCGAGGCUGUCCAUUUCAACGCCGGCUCGCAUUCUGCUUGGGUCGCUAUCGUCGGGGGUGAUUGGCCUCACGCUUGGUGCUCUGCAGGGCGGUCAGGUGGCUCAGCUCCGCUUCCGAGCAGAACACGCACACAAGAUGCCCGACACCACGGCGGGAUGGUAUCUCUACCACAAAUCCAAAAACUAUCAUGCAAUGCAGGGUGGCAUCCGUGAGGGUUUUCGAAUGGGGGCCAAGACGAGCUUUUGGAGCUUUGUAGCGUUGGGACUGGAAAGCACCAUUGACAGGUAUCGAGGCCGCAGCGACAUGUUUUCCACGACGAUGGCGACGCUGACGGUAGCGGGCGCCUUUUCCCUAUCGCGUAAGUGCAAGCUCAAACCUUGGCAUUCUUGA